AUAAAAGUAGAAUAAUUUAAUAAAACGCAUAUAAUGCAAUUUUUUUAUCUUCGAACACAAUACAAGUCCACUAUGAAAAGAAACUACAAAAAAACCUAGACAGUUAAUAAACAAACAAUUAAUCGAAGCUGCUCGCGUCCACGUUCACGUCGAUCGUUCUCUUCAUUAUCAAAAAAUGGGGUUGGAAAAGUAAAAAGGAAUAAAUCAACAAAUACAAGAGCCGACCGCGUCGAGAGCUUGUCGCAACCAUGUCGGUCAUGGCAGCCAUAUCGAUCAUGGCAAAACGCAGCAAACUCCAACAAUCGUGCGCGUGCCACCAGAAAAUAUACGCGCAUCAGAAGAAAAAACCGAGAGAUCGUUGCAAGAAGAAGAGGCAGGUCUUCGUAUACAAUCCGGAGGAAGAGAUCUGGCACGAGCCCUACAUGCAAUUGCUCCACCAUGAGUUCUCGGACAAGUCUGUGCUGUGCGACUCCAAGAUAGAGCUACCCUGGAGAGACAUCGCCCUGCGGUCGGCGAUAAGGAUUCGUCCUGACGCGACGGCUGUCGAGGACGAUCGGGACGAUCAGGAGACGGACGAGACGAGGAUCAUCGAGAAGCGAGAGUCCACUGGAGCCAUGACGUUGCCGUGGCACGACUUGCUUAUCACGGAAACUCUGCGAAGCACGUUGGAGGAAGCACAGCCGGAGCUCUGCGACUCAUCGGUGGAGAUACCCUGGGCCGACCUGGCGCUGGAGAUGCCGAUGGAGAUACGACCAUCGCGGGAGCAGAUCUGCGCGACCGACGAUGUCGAGGUUCCCUGGAACGAGAUCUUGAUGCCGCGUAAUAUCGUCAUCAAAUCCGAAAGGAAGCGACAACAUCCCUCGUCCAAACAACCACCGCGCUCGCGUGUUGCCACGACGUGCAUCCCUUGUGGCAAGCCUACCUGCUGCGUGAAAAUCCGUGCGAAAACUCGUACAAAUCCUCACGAAAACGUUGCGGGUUCCAAUUGGGUUGUCGCUUGCAUGUAGACACUUAUUUGCUGAUUUGAUUAAAUUUCAAUGUCUCGAUUCGAAAAAAUUACGUAUCGCUUUAAUAUUAAUAUCGACUACGUUUAGCAAAGUGAGCGUUCAGUAAUUCUAUAUUAUAAAUAAAUUCUACACUUC